UUCCUUCUACCCCCCGUCUCCUGAUGGUUCCGUCCUCCCAGAAGGCCACGCGCUGUUGCAUCAAGAUGGCGGCGUCCGGGAGGCACGUAGGGCAGUACUUCAAGAGAAACGGGAGACUUUUGACGUUUAACCUGGAGCCGUCGUUGAGUCGCAGGUCUUUUGGUUGGACGUCAUCUCGUGGACAAGUAGCUGCCGAUGCUAAUAAAGAGUCUGAUGAAAAUAUCAUCCUCCCCAGGAAGAAAACAUGGAGCCAGGUGGCAGUGUUGGAGGCUCUGUCGUCCACCGUGGGCAGGGAUCCUACGAUGUACAACUACAGGUUCCAGGAUGAUCCGUUCCUGUCGCCGAGGUCCUUCCCUGAGUCUAAGUUGUUCUCCAAGGCUCAGGAGUCUGGAAAGGCUGCAGCCAAAUACUUCAUCGACAGUCAUCCCAAGUUCUUCACCAAGGACUUCGCUGAACCACAUAUACCAUGUCUGAUGCCACAGACAGUGUCAGUGCGUCUUGAGGAGGUCAGUGAAGAAGCUCUGAAGGAACGAAUCAGUCUGAGGAAAGUCUCUGCUGCGACUGACAUGUACGACCAGCUGCUGCAGUCUGGCACUAACGUCUCCAUGGAAACCACUCAUGACCUGCUGGACCUCAUCUGUCUGUACUGUGACCAAGAACCGGGCCAGGAGGUGGAGCCACAGACGGAGGACGUGGAACCAGCGGAGGAGCGUCCGAGGGUCAGGGGUCGACAGAACAGGGAGCGUCCAGAGUUCACCUGGAGAGAGAACAACAACGCAGAGAGGAUCUUCAACCUGCUGCCGCACAGAGACACGCGCUGCUACUCUGCUCUGAUCAGAGGCACGGUGAAGCACAAAGCCUACACCAAGGCCUUCAGUCUGUACACCGACCUGCUGAAUGAAAGACUGACGGCCGACGUCCACAUCUUCAACGCACUGAUCCUGGCCGCGCCGUUCGUCAGAGAGAAGUACGCCGAGAGAUGGGAGCUGAUGGAGGAGCUGCUGACUCAGAUGAACCAACAGUCGGUUCAACCUUCUCUCCUGACCUUCAACAACAUCCUGAAGUCCCUCAGACGCUGUGACUCUUUGGCCAGGUCCAAAUCUCUGCAGAUCCUGAGUGAAAUGAAGGCUGUUGGACUAGUCCCCAGUCUGGCCACCUACAACCACGUCCUGGGCAUCUUCUACAAAACCUCUUUUACUGCCAAAAAAACCAACAUUUUACAGGAGAUCUUGUCAGAGCUGCGAGGAAAACAGUUCACCUGUCAGGACCCUGACGAUGUUCACUUCUUCAGAACUGCCAUGAAAAUAUGUCUGGACAUCAAAGACCUGGAACUGGGUUAUGAAGUGCAACGUUUAGUAGAAGUGGGCGAGAACUGGAGGCUGCUGGGAAAUGACUCCCAGUCCACUGGUUACUAUGGUGUCUUCUUCAACCUGCUCUGUAUGAUGGAGAACGUCGAUGGUGUGUUGAAGUGGUACAAACAUCUGGUUCCCUCGCUGUUCUACCUGAACUCCCAGGCCACCAGGUCCCUGUUCCAGGCUCUGGACACAGACAGUCGUCUGGAUCUGCUGCCGCUCAUAUGGAAAGACAUGAAGUCUUCAGGUCUUGACAAAUUCUCAGACCUGGUGGAGGAUCUGCUGACCCUCAUGGCCAGGGAGGAGCACAGUCCUGAGGUGAUGUGUUCUCAGUGUGUUCUCAGUGUGUUCUCAGUGUGUUCUCAGUGUGUUCUCAGUCACCUGACCUGGUCCGGCUCGUCCCUGAAGAACCUGACCGUCCUGCUGCUGAGAGCCAACAUGAUCCAGGCCUGGAACAUGCUGCAGCUGUUCAAGUCCACCAACAGAGUUCCACCGGAGAACCUGUUGAAGGACUUCCUGUCCGUGUGUCAGAGCCACGGCUCAGCUCCGACAGCGGUGGAGCUGGUCAAGCUCUCCGCUGCUUUUUGUCUGCCCUCUACAGCACAGCUGGCCAAUCAGACGCUGGCAACCUUUGACCUGACGGACGAGCAGAGAACCCUGGUGUCUGAGCUGUGUGGGGGGGGGGAGUCGUCAGACUGAAGGACCAACCACAUCCAUGACUUCACCUUCAACUCCGUGGUGUUUUAGUCAUAAAAAUAUAUUUGGGAUUCAAACAUGAGGUUUGGUUUUUGCAGCUAAUGGUCAUUCCUACUGUUUGGGACUGGGGGGGGGGCGGGGGGG